GAAAUUUACGGUCACUCAACCAAAGAAGAUUUGUUUGUUUCAUAUCGAAAAGCCGCAUUAAAAAGCAAGUUUAUUUUCAAUUAUGGGUGAUUACGAUUCAGAUGAUGAAAAAUCGCAAAUUGAAAAGCUGCGCAAUGUCAAGGUACCGAAAGGAAUGUUUGUUAGCGGUUGGGAUGAUGACUCCGACGAGCUGAUCCAGGAAGACAAAAAUCCUCAAGCAAGCAUUGAUCGCAUGAUACUUUGGGCUGUCAAUGAAAAUCGCAUAAGUGAGGUGCGCGAAAUCCUGGAACUAGAUGGUGACACCGUUAAUGCCCGGGACGAUGACGGCUACACGCCGUUGCAUCGGGCUUGCUACAACAACUUUGUUGAUAUUGCCAAAUUGCUGUUGCAAUAUCAGGCAAAUCCUAACGCCCGCACAGAGCUGGGCUGGACGCCAUUGCAUUCGGCAUGCAAAUGGAACAAUGCUGAUUGUGCACAACUGCUGUUACAAUUUGGUGCCGAUGUUAACGCAGAGUCGGAUGGUCAGCAGACGCCUUUACACAUCACUUCAACUGUGUCCAACUGCCGCAAUACAGCAACCGUGCUAUUGCUUGAUCGCAAUAUCGAGGCUCGCAAGGAAAACAACAGCGAGGAGACGGCCGCUGUCAUAGCACGCAGGAAUGGCAUGAGCUAUGUCAUCUUUGAGAGUAGUCAUGAGGCCUACGACUGCAACACGGGACUACUCGACUAGAUAAUAGUUUUAUAAAUAAUAUAUAUAGUUCUACGAUUAAAAAUUAAACGUCUUAAAGAAAUUACAAUCACUGUGAGCUACAAACUGUAUAUAAAACAUUCAGAAAUAACGGAUAAUACAAAGACUUGCAGUACUCUUUAUAAAUAAACGCAAAUAAUACUAUCAUGAAGUCGUACCUAGAGUUAGCUUUAUUAUUAUAGUUCACUUUUUAAGUCUUUAUACUCGCAGGCAACGGAGUACGCACAAAGUGCUCAUAAAAUGACUUCGUAUAGUUGGCCAUUUCAUCCUGCAUGGCUGCGGGCACAAAAUAUGGAUUGCCUUGACCUCCCUCAAUGGUACCUUUGGAUGUAUAUCGCAUGUAACUGGAAACUGUCGU